GGGAAGCGGCGGGAGGGUUGGGGAGAAGGAGCAUUCGCCUGAGGCUGGAGGAGGCUGAUCUGCGUCCCCGCCCAGCCCGCGCCUAUGCGGUACUUGAAGGAUGGCGAAGAGGUCGCGCAGUGAGGAUGAGGAUGAUGACCUUCAGUAUGCUGAUCAUGAUUAUGAAGUGCCACAACAAAAAGGACUGAAGAAACUCUGGAAUAGAGUAAAAUGGACAAGAGAUGAGGAUGAUAAGUUAAAGAAGUUGGUUGAACAACAUGGAACUGAUGAUUGGACUCUAAUUGCUAGUCAUCUUCAAAAUCGUUCUGAUUUUCAGUGCCAGCAUCGAUGGCAGAAGGUUUUAAAUCCAGAAUUGAUAAAGGGUCCCUGGACUAAAGAAGAAGAUCAGAGGGUUAUUGAAUUAGUUCAGAAAUAUGGCCCUAAAAGAUGGUCUUUAAUUGCAAAACAUUUAAAGGGAAGAAUAGGCAAGCAGUGUAGAGAACGAUGGCAUAAUCAUCUGAAUCCUGAGGUAAAGAAAUCUUCCUGGACUGAAGAGGAGGAUAGGAUCAUCUAUGAAGCACAUAAGAGAUUGGGAAAUCGUUGGGCAGAAAUUGCCAAACUACUACCUGGAAGGACUGAUAAUUCUAUCAAAAAUCACUGGAAUUCUACUAUGCGAAGAAAAGUAGAACAGGAGGGUUACUUACAAGAUGGAAUAAAAUCAGAACGAUCUUCAACUAAACUUCAACACAAACCUUGUGCGACUAUGGACCAUUUGCAAACCCAGAAUCAAUUUUACAUACCUGUUCAGAUCCCUGGUUACCAGUAUGUGUCAUCUGAAGGCAAUUGUGUAGAACAUGUUCAGACUUCUGCUUUUAUUCAGCAGCCCUUUGUUGAUGAAGAUCCUGAUAAAGAAAAAAAAAUAAAGGAACUUGAAUUGCUUCUUAUGUCAGCAGAGAAUGAAGUCAGAAGAAAGCGAGUUCCAUCACAGCCUGGAAGCUUUUCUAGCUGGUCUGGUAGUUUCCUCAUGGAUGAUAGCAUGUCUAAUACUCUAAAUAGCCUCGAGGAGCACACUAGUGAGUUUUACAGUAUGGAUGAAAAUCAGACUGUGUCUGCUCAGCAGAAUUCACCCACAAAGUUCCUGGCCGUAGAGGCAAAUGCUGUGCUGUCCUCUCUACAGACCAUCCCAGAAUUUGCAGAGACUCUAGAACUUAUUGAAUCUGAUCCUGUAGCAUGGAGUGAUGUUACCAGUUUUGAUCUUUCUGAUGCUGCUGCUUCUCCUGUGAAGUCCACCCCAGUUAAACUAAUGAGAAUUCAACACAAUGAAGGAACCAUGGAAUGUCAAUUUAACGUCAGUCUUGUACUUGAAGGGAAAAAAAAUGGUUGUAAUGGUUCAGACAGUGAGGCUGUUCCUUUAACAUCCCCAAACGUGGCCAAGUUUAGCACUCCACCAACCAUUCUCAGAAAGAAGAGAAAAAUGCGAGUGGGUCAAUCCCCAGGCAGUGAACUUGGUGAUGGCUCAUUCAAUGAUGGCAAUAAUACUGCACUAAGACACACACCGGUGAAAACACUACCAUUUUCUCCUUCACAGUUUUUCAACACAUGUCCUGGAAAUGAACAAAUUAAUAUAGAGAAUCCUUCAUUUACAUCAACUCCUAUCUGUGGGCAGAAGGUUCUCAUUACAACUCCUCUUCAUAAAGAAACAACUCCCAAAGAUCAAAAGGAAAAUGUGGGGUUUAGAACACCUACUAUUAGAAGAUCUAUAUUGGGUACCACACCAAGAACUCCAACUCCUUUUAAGAAUGCACUUGCUGCUCAGGAGAAAAAAUAUGGACCUCUUAAAAUUGUGUCACAGCCACUUGCCUUCUUGGAAGAAGAUAUUCGGGAAGUUUUAAAAGAAGAAACUGGAACAGACAUAUUUCUUAAAGAGGAGGAUGAGUCUACUUAUAAAAGCUGCAAGCAAGAGCAUACUCCUUCUGUGAAGAAAGUUAGAAAAUCACUGAUCUUAGAUAAUUGGGAAAAAGAAGAACCAGGUACUCAACUGUUGACUGAAGACAUUUCAGAGAUGCAGUCAGAAAAUAUAUUUACAACAUCUUUAUUAAUGAUACCAUUAUUGGAAAUACAUGACAGUAGGUGCAACCCGACUCCUGAAAAACAAGAUAUAAAUUCAGCCAACAAAACAUAUACACUUAAUAAAAAGAAACCAAACCCUAACACUUCCAAAGUUGUCACAUUGGAAAAGAAUCUUCAGUCAAAUUGUGAAUGGGAAACAGUGGUGUAUGGGAAGACAGAAGAUCAGCUUAUAAUGACUGAACAAGCAAGAAGAUAUUUGAGUACUUAUACAGCUACCAGCAACACUUCAAGAGCCCUAAUAUUGUAAUUGUUAUUAAAACUGAUGAAAUGCCCCCCUCCCUUAAUAUAUUCUGUGCUAAAUUAGGUUACAAUGAAAUUUUUGUGAAUGGUUUUUAAAGUUUUAAUACAGGCCUAAAACAGUUGGCAUAUUUUUUCAUAUUGGACAACAGAAAGCCAAGCCACCAUAGGUAGUUUUCAUAGAAUAUUUUUUAAGGAAUAGAUUUUUAAAAAUGAUUUUUAAAGAACAGGGUUGAAAGUCACAUUAAGAUGUUCAUGAUCUUCUAAAAGUAAAUUCUCAUAUCUUUUCUUCAGAAGAUAGAUGACGCUACUCUCUUGAUGCUUCAGUUUGGUUACAGAUAGGUUUAUAAGUAUAUAUGACUUUUGAAAUUAGUCUAUGUAUGGGGAAGCAGCAUGGUUUU